AUGAUAUCUUGCGAAAGAUCUUCCAUUCUCUUUUCCAGAGCGCAAAGGCCGCUCACCACCACCACCACCAGCAGCAGCAGCAGCAGCAGUAGCACAACGACGGCGACGACGACGUCUGUAGGGAUGACUUCCUGCCUGUUUUCAGGUCACACGGCCGCAGCAUCGUUCUGCUUCUCAAGAGGCGACUCAUAUCAUGCUGGAAGUGGCAACACCAACCCAAACGGUAGCUGUAAUAAUAGCAAUAAUAAUAAUAAUAAUAAUAAUAAUAAUAAUAAUAAUAAUAACAAGGUCAUGUAUACAUCUUCCGCCUUGGCUGCUGGUGUGGCUGCGGCGUCCCACUUCGCCCCCUCACGGCCCCGAGACGGUGAUGGUGGCGGCCAGGGGUACAGCACCGGGGGGCACCAUGCGACGAACUUUGCAGGCGUAGGGACGGCAACUACGGUGGCUGUAGAGAACGUGGAGGGUGGCAUGGUGGAUACGGGUGCAAUGGGUACGGAAGACAACAACGGGGAGGCCGAUGAUGAAGGUAUGAAACGAACCUCCUCGUCGAAUGAUGAACCGACGCCUGAGACAUGCACAGACACGACACCAAGAACAGUUAUUGAUGAAGUGUUUGCCCAACCGCAUGAGGGACAACAACAAAAUCAUCAUCAUCAUCAAGAAGAAGAAGAACAGCAACAGCAACAGCAGCAUCAGGAGGGGGACGCAUUACAGGGGCAACAACAGGGGUGUAACUUUUCGCAAGACGCCCCACCGCUCUCAUGCAAUUCCCGCGAGGAUGCAUGUAAGUCCGAGGUGUCCAAUGAGGACGGCAAGGACGUUGAUGUAACUGGUGCUACUGAGGAGGCGGAGGCAUGCGAGAUGUGUGCUUUUUCUCCUGUGGUGGUAUCCGCCCGUAAACCUCUUCAAAGUCAAAUUGAUUUGGUGACAGCGCGUGUGGCUGUGACGUUGUUUUUGGAAAACCUCUCUGAAGACAAUAAAGCAGAACCGGUACUCACCUCAGACUUUCACUCCCAUCGUCUUCCCCAGAUGCCUAUAGAGGCUUAUUUGGAUCGUGUUGUGCGUCACAGUGGUGUUAGUGGGGAAACUCUCAUUGCAAGUCUUAUGUUAUUGUUAAAGUAUUCGCACUUUAUCAAUCAUCCCGUUAGUGUCUAUAAUGUUCAUCGCCUUACGAUUACCAGUCUGUUACUUGGGGCGAAGCUUCGCGAUGAUCAAUACUACAGCAAUGAGUACUACAGCCGCAUUGGUGGUAUCAGUAACGCGGAGAUCAAUAAAUUGGAACUUCGUUUUUGUGGGUGUCUGGAGUGGGACAUGUGGUUGGAUGAGGCCGAAUACGAGACAUUAGAGAAUUUGUUAUUGCAGCUUGUGACAGUUUUCGCAUCCAACAUGGAGGAGAUAGACGAGGUGACACGAAGGAGGUUUCAACGACAAUUUUGGGUGGAAGAACUGCGACCUUGGAAGGAGCGCUUUGAUGUCUCUUCCUCACAGCGGCGGGAGCGUAUACGGCGAUGUGCAGCCGAGGACUUUUCCAGUGAACAGGCAAAAAUCCAGUGCCUGAGCCCGAGUGGUUCCCUCUUUCCACAAAACCCACUUGUGUACCCCGGCACAGGCAUGCCGGGCGUGUCGUUGGAUCAAAUCAUCCUGCCGGCUGUUUAUCGUCAAACAUCUGGUGGGACCGUCAGCAACGCCCACACCACAGCCCUCGUGACAGUAAUCGCACAAAAUGCCGCUGGAUCCACCACAAGUAUACCAACGCAUUAUUAUCAUUCCUACCACCCUAUUUAUCAACCGCCACCACGGCAACAAAUGCAGUACGGAUGCGGUGUCUAUGAUGCGAAUAUUAAUAAUAAUACCAACAGUAAUGUGGGGAAUAUCGGCAGUGGUCGUAGUACUAAUGCUGGUGCAGGCUUUGGUAUACUGGAGCGUGCGGUGUCCCUUUCGCCAACGACGCCGACGACGAGAACAACAACAACAACCGGGUUGCAUCACUCGGGUAUUAGUAUUCAUGCGAAGCCGUACCAUUACAAGAGUAGGGGGAGUUCCACCAAGAAGUUUUUCAAUAAACCACACCGUUAUCAUUAUGCAUCCUCCCAGCAGAUGGAUUCUUGCCAUGCCGGGGACAUUGCCAUGAUGGACGCAACGACAGCAACUUAUUGUAGUAGCAGCAGCAGGCAAAACAGUAUACACAAUAAUAAUUAUAAUAAUAACAAUGACAUGGAGUUUGCAUCCAUCACCUCCACCGUCUGGCGUCCAUCCGGUACAAAUAACAACAACAACAACAAUAGCAGUGGCAGACGGCCUGCCACGAGUGAUAGUGUCACGAUGGAAAGGCACAGCGGUGGUGGUGGUGGCAGCGCCGUGCGAGGCAGUGGACCAUUGGUUUUCCCCUCGCAGCCGCAGCCAUGCACAGAUGCCGCUAAUGAAGAGGUCGCCGAACGGCGUAAUAGGAGGAAACGGCCCAAGCCGGAUCACUACAGAGAUUACCGCUAA